UGUUUGAAUCUGUUUCUCACACACUUUCUGCAGUGGAGGACUUCCAGAAGUUACAGGAGGCUAAAGAGGUUCUCACAGAUGAGAAGAAAAGAAAGAAUUACGAUCUGUGGCUCCGAAGUCAAAUUGUAAUCCCGUUCAGCGAGUGGCGAGCGCUCAGUGACUCCGUUAAAACAUCAAUGCAUUGGGCUGCGAGGACCAAGAAAGAGCCGAUGCUUGAGGCUGCAAAAGAUCCAGAUCCAGUGACUCUGGAGGAGAACCCGUCUGAACCGUCACUGCCGUCCAGUGAUCAUUGGCACCACAGGUUUCGCUGGGCUGGUGAAGCUCCCUCGGGCCUUUUACAGAAGUUCAGGAAUUAUGAAAUAUAAAUGCAUAUUUCCUGUUGCUCUGCAUGCUUUUGUGUGUAAGUGCAUUUAUUCCAUUUAUAGAGUAAAGCAUCAGAACUGAGCAAUCAUUUACUAUGCUUCACCAUUUCUGGCAUAACAUUGACUUUAUCUGUCUGUUUGUUUUGUAGGAUGUUGAUAUUAAUAUUCAGCAGUGACGCUUCGUAUGCCUUAAAUGUCCAAUCAGAAUUGUUUUCCUGAAAUAUGAGUAAACCGUGUUUUCAAGCCUGCAGAUUUGCACAAGCAACGAUUAUAACGUUUAUUUUAAUUCAUAAUUUAUUGAACGAAUAUAUCACUAAUUAAAUAAUAUAUAUUAGUAGAAAAUUGCAUUCGAUUAGAAGCCAGGAGUGUCUUAAAAAUAUCACUUUUUUUAUUCAUAAGUUUAUUUUUAGAGAAAAAAAAUUGUAAAAGUGUUUAUGAUAUGAGUUCGUUGUGCAAUCAGUAUUUCGAGGCAUAUAUAUAUAUAUAUUUAUUAAU